ACCUCUUGGCGCUUUAACCACUAUUUCUGCAUGGCUAUAAAAAAAGAAUCUCUAGUAACCCCAAAAAUCAGAAUUCAUCUUUUGGCAACAACAACAAAAAAAAAACUCUCUUCGUCAACGAUCCAAACGCGUUCACUCACGUCGGGGAAAUUUUUAAAAUAUCUCCUUCGUAACAAAAGACCAAGAAGAUACUGUCGUGAUGGCUGCCGGAUCCAUGGACGGAAUAUUCCGCAACAUCUUCGAAGGUUGCAUCUCUAGCUGCAACUCGUCCAUCCAGCGACGUCCAUACCACAAGAAUUGCGGCUGCGCGCUUCACGGUGGAGGUUCAUCGACCCCUUGUCGUCACGGAAGGUCUGAGAUCGUUGUGUUCCCAAUCCAACGUUCUUGGAGUGAAGGAAACAGUUUGGCUCUGCAUCUCGCCCCAUCUUCUUCUUCCUCUAACCUCCAGUCGCUUUCGUCCUCUUCCUCUAUUUCUACCCUCGCAUCGUUCUCUUCGACCGUGUCUGAUAUUGAUUCUCCCAUUUAAGGGAAUAUAUAAACUAAUAGUUCCUUCCCAUUCAUUUGAUUGUGUCGUUUUUGUUUGAUUGUUUCGAAGAGAGUCACAAAUGAUGUUUGAUGUGUGAUUAGAGAGGUUUCAUGGAUUUCAUUGGAUAUCGAAGGAACCUAAUUCAAAUGUUGUAAUGGUCAAAUAUAGGGAGGCUUUGCAAUAACAUUUGUACAUAAAUCACGUUUUCGGAUGUAAUUUUAGUUUAAUUUUUGUUGUAUAUAUAUUGAUUGAUAUUCAAGCUUUUUUUUGUUCUA